CUAGUAUUAAUUCAAAACAUAAACAAAACAAAAAACACUUAAAUACACACAAAAAUUUUUUUUAUUUUUUUUUAAAUAUCCUGAAGUGCACUGUGUGGUAAAUUCAUCAAGCACAGCCGCAAACAGAGAGGAAAUCAUCAGAACCCAGAGUGACUCAUCACGGCGGUGGAAAGCAGAGCAGAGAUGUUGCUGAUGCUGGUCUACCUGCUCUGCUUUAUCCCUGCUGCUGAGACCUGUCUGCAAUGUGAGCGCAUCAUCAGGUUCCUUCAUGAAGACUUCAUCCUCUCGACUGCAAUAAAAUAUCAGAUAGAGCUGAAUAUGAUUUGUGACCACGCAUAUCAGAACUACAAGCAAACAAGUCGUCAAAGAAAGGGUGUCAUUGAUCCCACUACUCUGUAUAGAGCAAGAACUGAGUACCAAAGUGAAUUUAACCGCUUCUGGAACAUAAAUAAAAGUGGGUUGAUAACUUCUAAAACCAUUCAGAUCCUGGAGAAAGGCAAUAGGAUCUUGGAGAAACACUUGGACACGUUCAUCCGUGAUGGACUCUGCCCCAACAAGUGUGGAUUUCUUAAUAGAAGAGUAAUUGACUGCCUAACCUGCAAAUUCAAGAUGUACAUCUGCCCCUCUCCAUCCGGUCAGCACAACUGUGGUGAAAACCCAGUGCGAGCUGAAGAGGGAGGCCAGGUGGUGUUGAACUGUUACCAACCAUGGCAUUUACUUAUUUCAGGAAAACCAGAAUACUACUACUCCUGGGCCCCAGGAGUGCCAAGAACUAAAAAGCUGAAUGAAAGUGACUUUGUGCCCUUGGUGGUGACGCAUGAAUCCUCUGUGGUCUUAAAUCAGCUACAUCUGGAUGAAGAGGGAACUUAUCGCUGCUCCCUGCAGGAGGAAAACAAAACCAUCUUUUACCAAGUUACCUUCCUCCUUACAGUUGCUCCUUUGCCUUGCCAGACUCUCAGAUCUUUUGUCACCCUGCCCUCCCUACCAUAUGGAGACAGCGACUCACCCUUUCGGCCCACAGAGGCCCGGCUGCUGCCAGUCAUCGCCAUGGUUGCUGCUCUGAGUCUGAUCGUGAGCGUAGGCCUCAUAGUUGUUUUAGGAUUAAUGAUAACGCAGAAGAGAGAAGAAGUCAACAGUCUAAGAAGAAGAGGAGGAAUAUGAAGGAAAAUACAGACAGCACUGCAUGACAACUAUAUCACCUACAGUAAAAAAUAUUCCCUAAUGACUAAA